CUUUGCCCUUUAAAGAUGCGCUACGAACUGAGAGGAAGGAUGGCGAUGACUCUGAGGAAGACGGUUAAUCUCAUCACAGGACUGCUCAUUGUUUUCCAGUUUCAACUAAGUUUCAUGAAGCUGAAAUCCGCUCAUGGAAUCUACAGAACUGACACACAGGAGCUGUCUCCUCCAGAGGGAAGGUCGUAUCUAGUCGCAGGGAACCACAAACCCAGGGUGAGGAGGUGGGCAUCCAGGUCUAGGUCUGGGGACCCUAGCAAGGCUGCAGAUAAGAGGGGCCACUACAGAGAGCAGCACCAACCAGAAGAGUCACAUUCAGACCUGCUGAUGGAGGAGGGACAUGACAAUUCCUUACAGAUUGUGGAUAUUGAUCACGCCUACUAUAAAUCUAAAAUCUACGGUCCUGGAGACAGUCAAGAGCUGUGGGUGAACGUCGAUGAGAUGGAAGAGGACAAGUGGAAGGUCUCUGGCUUCCUGUCCAGCACCCACAGACAAGCUGAGAGAGUGAAUCUUUCCUUCAACUUCCCUUUCUACGGUCAUAUACUAAAAGAAAUCACAGUGGCAACUGGAGGUUUCAUUUACACUGGAGAUUUACUCCACCGAAUGCUCACAGCUACUCAGUACAUCGCCCCUCUAAUGGCGAAUUUUGACCCAAGCCUGUCCAAAAACUCAACUGUGAUCUACUUUGAUAAUGGCACUGCACUGGUGGUUCAAUGGAACCAGAUUCACCUCCAGGACAACAUCAGUCUGGGAACGUUCACCUUUCAGGCCGUUCUGCACAACGACGGACGAAUCGUCUUUGCAUACAAACGGAUUCCCAUAAACAUCAACAACAUCAGCACUGAGAACCAUCCUGUCAAAGUCGGCCUGUCGGAUGCUUUUGUGGUGCUUCAUGAGAUAGAACAGAUCCCCGAUGUUCGUCGGAGAACCAUUUAUGAGUACCACAAAGUCGACAUCCUCAAAUCCAAAAUCUCCAAUUCUACAGCUGUGGAGAUGAUACCUCUCCCUACAUGUCUCCAGUUCUCCAGCUGCGGUCCAUGUGUCACUUCUCAGAUUGGCUUUAACUGCAGCUGGUGCAGUCGGCUACAAAGAUGCUCCAGUGGCUUUGAUCGUAACCGGCAAGACUGGGUUGACCAUGGCUGUCCGGAGGAGAGAAGAGAUCCCCGGUGUCUCCGAAUGACAGACUUCACAAACACCACAUCUCACCUCCUCCCACAUAUGACCACUCCUGUUACAACGAUCACGAUGCAGCAGAGGAGCUCCAGCAUGACCUCCACCCCCCUCAGCAAGAUGUCCGCUGUCGCCAACCUCUCAACGCGCAGCAGCACAAGCAGAAUUAUUUCCACUCCACCGCCUCCUACCAGCAAACCUGCAGAAGAUGACACAAGGUCUUUGCACAUCAAUGAAGCGACAGGAGACGACGAGACCACAGGAGAGAGUGAUGAGCGACUGCAGAUUGGUUUACUGGCAGGCAUCGUCAUGGUGGUGGUCAUCAUGGCAGCAGCCGUCCUUAUGUCUGUCUACAUGUACAACCACCCCACCUCCAACGCAAGCCUCUUCUUCAUGGAGCGACGACCGACCCGCUGGCCAAUCAUGAAGUUCAGCCGGGGUUCCGGUCGCCCUUCUUACGCUGAGGUGGAGGCUCCUGGUCAGGACAAAGACAGCAUGGUGGUCAUCGACCCCAAACAGUCUUUUGCCAUGUCGGACAGAAGAGAGAGUGACCAGAAAGAAGGAUUCAUAGUUUCCGAUCAGAGGGAGCGCUUCCUGGUCUCAGAGCUCCUGACCUAAACUAUGUAUCCCAGAUAGCUUUGGGACAGAGCUGGUUCUCUGAGAGGAAGUGUUGCUUCCUUGAAUGCUUUCUUUUAGCUGUUGCUCAAAGUUCAUUUUAAGGACACUGUAACAGUCUGGCUUUAUGUUGGUGUUCGCUUGGUGAGCCACAGGACUGUUUUUACGGCAUAACGAAAACUUGUUUUUAAACUUUGCUCAGGUCACUCGUUCGUGUUUACUGUAGCGUCACAGAGCAAGAGGUGACGCUGCUGGAUGUUUGUUUUGAGACAGUUUUUCAAGAGCUGUUAUGUCGUUCCCACUCCUUCACAAGGAGGAAUGUCAUAUUUGGGUGUUAUUUCCUGAUCUCAAAAAUACGGACUAAAUUCCUCACCAUUACACCCACCUUCAUCCUGAGGGGCAAACAGGGUGCACAGUGUUUUCAAUGCUGUUUCUCAGUAUAAGUGUUGUUUUUUUUACAGUGAAGCAAUGUCUGCAACUUUUUGAAUUUUGACUUUAUUUUGUCAAUUUUAUAAUAAAGACAGAAAACAUGUACAC